AUGCCGUACAAUACGCGCCGCAAAUCACUCUCGCUGCCGUCCCUGGGCAUAGCGAUACCUGGAGCGCCUCGGUCUGCGCGCUCACCGCCUUUGACCUCGGACCUCCAGCAGCCUGCAAAGAAGCAGAAACGCUCGCAUUCAGGGUCCAGCACAUCGUCACUCGCAUCGCCCUCGAAUACUCUGCCACUGCGCGCCCUCGACGAGCCGCGACCCAAGAGCGCUGGCCGUGUCGCAGACACCCCGCCACCCUCUCCUGGCGGCGACUCCGCCCAGGCAAAGGUGGACACACAAGGCAUUGACGAUGAGAUCGUCGUGGGUGUCAUCCAGCAGCUCGAGAAGACGGGAAACCGACCCCACCUGCUGAAGGAGCUUGCGACAGUACUGUCGCCUACGAUUCCCAUGGUCGAGAGCUCUGCGAACCCUGCCGCCAUCAUCUCAUCGCGCCUAGCCACCUAUCUGAAGCGCUCAUGGACCGCGCUAUCCAGAUGUCCCCUCGACAAGAAACUGGUUGGCACGCACCCUAAGCGCGUCUACUACUUCCUCACCACCACGCCCCACCAGCCGAUUCCCGCCGAUGCCGCAAAUGGCGCAAUCAUGCCGCGCAUUGUCACCCCCUCCCUGUCAUCCGGCGUUUCCGAGGAGGAGGAUAUGGAUGCACGCGCACGAGCCCGAAUGUCGCCUUCGCCUGAACUGGAUCUAUCCGACUACGACGAAAACGGCAGCGCGGAUCUCUUCUCAAGUCAGACCCACCCUCCCACGAUUGCCAACAUUGCGCAUAAUCGUCGUGCCCAGUCCCCGCCACUGGAGAAAGAAGAGCGCGAGUUUACCUUGACUGCAUCGUUUCUGCAACAAAGGCGGAAAAGCCAAGAGGCUGAGCGUGAACGUUCGGCCAGCCUGUCUACCGAACCAAUUCAACCUUCCGACGUCAGCAUGGACGAUAUUGCCCAGUCUAUUGAGGAGACUGAGGAACUUGCCGCGCGCAAGAACUCAGAAGCAGCGGCUGCCCUUUUUGGUCACAUGGCCAACUCAUCUUUUGAUUUCUCCAUCAGCAGCCCCGCCCUGAAAUCGCAGGCGUUUCACCUGGAGAUGCCCCCACCAGCCUUCAAGCCUCACGAGGUAAAACUCGAGAUCGCCGACAUUGACUGGAGCUGGUCCGACAUGCGGAGUCCGGAGCACAUUGAGCUCGAUGAGCUCGAUGAGAUGUUCGGCAGCUACUAG